AUGACUUCUGGUAACGGUGCUGAUGAUACUCCUGUCAGAUUGAGCUAUACUAUGUCUAUUAUCAAAUUUGUUAAUGGUUUAUUGGACCCUUGUCAGCAGUCUACUUAUGCUAUGAGUUUGCACAGGUUAGCAGAAUCUAUAGAUCUCCCCAGCUUUUUUGUUGAGUUGAGACACAUUGGAACACAUGAACGUUUGCCGUCUUUAGAGAUGUUGAGAUGGAGUGCCAAGAAGGCUUUGGAGUGGUUGGAAGUUAACUAUUGGACUGAGGUGAAAAAGAGUUCAGGCAAAUUCCGGGCCGAAUAUGGAAUUGAAACUGAUGACGAUUCUGUUCAUGUCAUAAGACGAAUAAGAUGUGAUUUAGAUAUUGUCAGGGAGGUGAGGUUGGAGGAUCCCAACAAGAUUUACAGUCAUUCCGAUACUAGUAACAGUGGACGUAAAUAUUGGUACGCUAUGGAUAGAUUGACGAGUUUUGUGAGUUAUGACGCCGAUCUUCUUGCAAAUGUAAUGAUAUUUCAGCCUGAUGGCAUGAUCGUUCGUUCUAAGGCACCCAAUGAUCAGAAAAUGCGCUCAAUCAUAUACCUAUACAGGCCUGUGUUGCAGAGUUUAGGUCCAGAGUUUUGUAUGGUUUUGUUCCGAAAACUGAUCCAGUUUGUAAGCUCGACUGUUUUUCUUGAAGCAUCAAAAUCUGCCAAUUUCGACCUUGUAUUGGCCAAGAAUGAUACCAGGUUUUUGCUUCCAAGGUGUAAAGGUGAGGUGAAACAGGCUCAGAAAUGGUUGGAAUAUAUUGCUACCAAAGGCAAUAUUUUGUUUGGUUCGGUCGGCUUUGUCAACGAAACAACGGUGCCAUUGAUAACUCAGUCCAUUGGCCUCCACAACAACGAGCACAGUAUAGCUCUUUUAAAGUUCUUCUUACAGCUGAAUGAAGAGUAUCUCAGGCAAAUUCAGAUGACUGAAAAGGUAAGCAAAGUUCUUCAGACUAUGGAGAAGUUCAGCCUUCCAGAUACUGUUGGCCUCCCUACUAAAAUACCAAAGAAGAAGUUGGGUAAAGAUACAGCGGUCGAGUCUUCUGUGCCAGCUCACAUGAAGCGUAAAUUUGACGAGUCUUCUACAGUGUGUCUCUUCGAGACUUACGAUAACUGGAAGCCAGUUCCCUUUGGACGCUUGAACACUAAUAAAUAG